GGCCGAGGGUGGCUACCAAAGAGGAACCGGACAGGACUUCCUUGUUGGUAUGGCACAACCAACUUUGUCGGUCACCCUCUCAAAAAUAUUGACAGUCAUGGAAAAUGUUCUUUGCCCAAAGUUUAUAUCCUUUUUAUCGACGGAAGAAGAAAAGACUGCAAGCAAACAACAUUUUUAUGAAAAAUUUGGGUUUCCUGGCAUUAUCGGUUGUGUAGAUGGAACGCACAUCAAAAUUAUAAGACCAGCAGUAAAUGAGCAUCUUUACUUCAAUAGGAAAGGUGACCACAGUAUCAACGCAAUGAUCGUAAGUAUCUACCACCUAUUCCAAUAUAGCGUAGGUGUACAUUUUUUGACAAUAUACACUCUUCAUAAGCAAUUCUUUUUACUUUCCAUAGGUCUGUGAUUACAAAAUGAGAAUCCGCGCUAUUGACGCCCGGUAUGGAGGAGCGUCCCAUGACUCAUUUGUCUUCAGUUUAAGCUCAUAUCGCAGAAACCUUGAGCAGAAAUGGAAUGAUGGUGAUAGGAGAAGUUGGUUAUUGGGUGAUUCUGGGUACACUCUGGAACCGUGGAUGAUGACUCCCUACCGAACUGCGCAAGAAGGAGGUCGAGAAGAGCAUUUUAAUACGAUUCAUUCAAAAUGCAGGAAUAUUGUUGAAAGGACGAUAGGCGUUGUGAAAUCAAGGUUUAGAUGCAUUCUCGGAGCAAGGCAACUCCAUUAUUCACCUGAAAAAUGUAUCCAAAUUGCAAAUGUUUGUGCUGCAUUGCACAAUAUUUGCAAAAAGUUUGCUGUGCCAGAUGUGCCGGUUGUGGAAACAAUUGAAGGAGAUGAGCAUGAAGUUGCUGCUAGCAAUUUAAAUCAACUUUCAAACAUAGCAGCAGAAAUACGGAACCAAAUAAAAGACAUUUUAUAAACAAAAUACGAACUUACCUAAAUUUCGAAAACAAUAUUCGUUUAAACCGUUUAAUGAUAACCGACAUUUUCCCAAAAUUCUGACAUGUAAUUUUUUUCCAUAACUUUUGAUAUUGAGAUGAGAUAUUUUUGUGAUGUUGAGCCAUCUGUCAAUAAA